CGCGCAUCUCUAAUUCAAAACAAAAAAACCAUGUCGCUGGGCAAGAAGCACGUGUUGGGGUUUUCGCCCAAUGGUGGCCAAUUGUUUGCCUCGGUGGACGAGCAUGGCAUCCUGCGGAUAUGGGACACGGAGACGAACACGCUUAAGCAGGAGUUCACGCCCAAUCUUCAAGUAUCCGGGCCGUGCACGGCGCUCACGUGGGUUGCGGUGGCCGGUCCACGGUCAAAGAAAUCACGAAAGAGCCUUCAGGCGCAGGAUGCAGUUAACGAACAGCUUCACAUUGCUCUGGGAACGCUAAAGGGUGCAGUGGUUAUAUACUCUCUGGCGGAAGGAAAGAUUGCCCGGAGUCUUAGUGGCGACAACCAUGAUGGACCAGUCACUUCGAUUGUGUACGACAACGCCAGCCACCUGUAUACAGUGGGUGCCGAUUGUCGAGCGCUCGUUUGGUCCCUGACAGAGGAACGCUGCGUCGCCGAAUGGCAGGUGGGCCCGGAGAAACCACAAAACAUAGCCUACUUACAUAAAAGUCGCACCCUAGCCGUUGGCUCCCGCCAGCUAAAGGUAUACGAUGUGAAAACAAAGGAGUUGGUGGAGACCUUCACCGGUCACUCGGGCGAAAUAAAUGGCAUCAGCAGUAUUGCCUGCUCAGAUGGCUCCGAAUUCGUGCUCACUAUUGCCAAGAUGGAGCGCGUUAUCUGCUUUUGGAAGAUCGACAAGAAGGGCAAAAACAAAGCAUCCGCUUGCACGCUGCUUAUGGAAGAUUUGGCCUACUGUCUGACCAGCGAAGUGCGCGAGGACGGCCAGCUCCGUGUGGCCAGUGUUACUCGCAAUGGCAUUAUACACAUUUACCUCCUUAACGUAAAUUGUCUAUCUGCCGAUAAGUUCGUUAAGCCCAAGGUGUCAUUGCAAAUCGCGUCUGAUGAGGCCGAGACUGUGGAACCCUUACUCGCCGUGGCGGCUCAUUUUGUGACCGACUCAAAUCGCUCACACGAGGUCCUCUUUGGCUACGGUAGCCGCCAGCAACUGCAGUUUGAACGCUUUACUCCCAAUUAUGGCGAGAAAUUAAAUGUAAUCGUUCGUGCUGAUCCAAAGAAGCUGUACGCGAAGAAAAAGGGAAAGGAGCAGCUGGGUUUCCAGGCCGCCACCAAGGUGCAGAAACCUAUAGUGAGCCAAAAGAACGUGGAGUACAACAGUGCCCUGCCCAUUUCCCAGAAGAAGGUGCAGAACGAGGUGCCUAUGGAGGCUCGCCUGCAGCACCUAAAGAUCCACGGAACCAAACUGAGUGGCGGCAAAUUGCUGACGCAGAGCAAAACACAGCUGCUUAUGCAGGCCUUACACAGCAAGGACAAGGCGAUGAUACAAGCGGUAUUGAGCACACAGGAUACGGAGACGAUACAGCUGACAUUGGAUCGUCUUCCGCUCGAAUACGUCAGUCCUCUGGUGAACGAACUCUCCAUCCUGCUGCAAGGAAAGCACGCCAAUGUCAGCUCUGCCCUGCGAUGGCUGCACGUGCUGGCCUCAACCCAUACCAGUGUUCUCAUGUCCGAGGACAAGGAGGCGUUGCGCGAAAAACUGGCCGUUUGUCUCGGCGUGGCGGAGCAGCGGAUGCAUUGCCUUUCGGAAGCACUACAAAUAACGGGACGAGUUAACCUCAUAAUCAGUCAGAUGAAGCGAAAUGCGGACAAUCAUCUGAAUGACAGCAAUGCCUUAAUUCUGGAAGAGGACCCAGAUGAGCCCGCCGAAUCUAUGGAGGAUGCCUUGUUGACUGAAAACAAUUGGAGCGACUUGGAGGACCAGCAGGAUGGGAGCAUAAAGAGCAACUCAAACGAUGAGCUGGUGGCAGACGAUGACCUGGCGACUGACGAUGUUGAAGCGAACUCAGACUCUGAUGUAUCAAUGGAGGAGUAGAUUGCUUUCCCAUAAGUUAUGUUUUUAAUGCAAUUCCUUGGUUGUCAUACCAAAAGAAAUUAAACUACAAUUGUUUUCCAAACACA